AUGUCAUAUCAACCAGAGGAACCACCAAACAACACCAUCAUCAACGGCCAUACCGGCGCCUCCGCCAAGCUUUAUCGCACACACCCCGACCCAGAAACGCAAAAGCUCAUCGACCACGUUGUCGAAAACGGCUUCGUCGUCAUCGAGAACGCCUUUGGGGACGUAGAAAUCAAUGAGGCCAUCGGUGAAGUAGAGCGUCUAAGCGCUUCACCCGAGCUUGGCGGCCCUGCUAGUACUCACGGCCGUAACAACUUUGAGGGUUUCAAGACGAGGCGCAUCUACACGCUCAUUAACAAGUCCAGGGUCUUUGACAAGUUUGCCAUCCAUCCCAAAGUCGAGGCCCUUAACAAGUAUUUCCUCGACCCCGGAUUCCUCCUUAGCAACUUUCAGAGCAUCAACAUCCAGCCGGGCGAGGAGCCCCAGACGCUCCACCACGACGAUGGGUACGCUACUCUACCACGGCCACACAGGCCGCUGGGCUCUGCUAUCAUGAUCGCCCUCGACCCCUACACCUCUACCAACGGCGCGACGGUUGUUGUGCCCAAGUCGCACACGUGGGGCGCCGAUCGCAUCCCGAGCCGCGCCGAGGCAGUCCCCGUCGUGAUGCCCAAGGGCAGCAUCGUCUACUUCAUCGGCACCCUUUGGCACGGCGGCGGCUGCAACACCUCCGACAGCGACCGUCGCGCCCUGACUGUGCAGUACUGCCAGCCGUGGAUCCGCACCAUUGAAAAUCAGUUCCUCGCCGUUGACUUUGAAAAGCUUCCUGACAUUCCCAAGAGGAUUGUCGACAUGCUUGGGUACCAAGUUGCAGCGCCGUUCAUCGGACACGUCGACGGCAUGAGCCCCCGGAAGGCUGCAGAGAGGCACCUACAGCGGUGGGGAGCCAGCAGCACUGGUCACAGUAAACUAUAA